UGCUAAAAUAAAUAUUUUAGAUACAGAAGAACAAGUUAUCACUUUGGCAGAUGAGAAAGAAUUAGACAAAGGUAUUCGAUAUAACAAUAUUGAUGAAUUUGAAGAUUAUUUAGUACCAAACAUUGAUUAUAAAAAUGAAUUUCAAUCUAGACUUAGAAUACUAUCUAGUUUUGAUAAUAUAUUAAUUUGGCUAUUAAAAUUUCAAAGUGAUUUUAAA